GCAAAGCAGAGACGGCUGGUUGUUGACGCUGCCCGGCAAGCGUGCCAAUCAGCUCGCCCCCCCUGCAUGGUCAGAGGGUCAGACAUGACAAAAGAGCUGCGCUCGAGGGAACGGCUCUUCCGAUAUGUCGAUGUCAUGUUCGUCUGGGCGUGCGUACCAGAGGUGUGCCAGGUUUGCGUGUUCAGCACAUGUGCACACAACCAGUCUUUUUCUCCCAAACCCCGUGGGCACCACUACUUCGGUGGAGGUUUUCCCCAUAUUUCCACACAUGCAACCCCGUGGAGGAAAUGCCCAUCAAUUAUGGGGACGGUCUAAACCUUGGGUACUCGACUGUGCACUAACACUGCGCGAGCCUGGCCCUAAUUCGGCCCUUUCAGAACUAUACUCCUGUAGACGGUGGUAUAAUAUUCACUUGUCCUCCCCACGACGUGCUUGACAUUUCAUCAUCCCAGCUCGUCUCAACCAUUCAACGCUGUCUACACCCAUCGGCUCUGCUUUCCUCUUCUUUUUCUCCUACGAUCGUCACACCAAACCCGCCAACUGAAGCCCGGCUCGCAAGAUGUUGAGUCUAAAUGGGCAGGUCACAUUCGACCAUGUAAACCCCAACUCCGAAACGAGCACUGAUGCUCGACGAGACCUUGCCCAUCUCGACUACUCCCCACUGAAGCGAGUAACAGCCCGCAGCUUCUGUAUGGGCCUCCUCGUUUCUAUGGGCGGUCUGAUCUUUGGCUACGACACGGGACAAAUCUCGGGCUUUCUGGAAAUGCCCGACUUCCUACAGCGCUUUGGCGAGCAACAGCCAGAUGGCACGUACGAGUUCAGCACCGUCCGCUCCGGUUUGAUAGUCGGCCUGCUGUCCAUCGGCACCUUGGUCGGUGCCCUUGUCGCCGCCCCUAUCGCAGACAAAUUUGGCCGCAGGCCGUCCAUCUCUUUCUGGAGCGGCAUCGUGGCUGUGGGGUUCGUCAUCCAGGCCGCAGCGAGCAGCUCGUGGGAGCAGUUCAUGGUGGGCCGGCUCGUCGCUGGCUUCGGGGUCGGCGCGCUUAGUCUCCUCGUGCCAAUGUUCCAGGCCGAGACCGCUCCCCCAUGGAUCCGUGGUGCCCUUGUGUGCACGUACCAGCUGUUCAUCACGCUGGGUAUCUUCCUGGCCGCAUGUUUCAACUAUGGCACCUACACCCACCAGAAGGACAACUCCGGGUCGUGGCGCAUCGUCGUUGGCCUGGGUUGGAUCUGGACUCUGAUCCUCGCCCUGGGUAUAUGGGGCUUCAAGGAGACACCCCGAUAUGUCUACCGCCUGGGGCGCACUGCUGAGGCCAAGGAGACCUUGCAGCGUGUCUACGGCGCCCCGGAUAACCACUAUGCUAUCUUUGUGCAGAUGGAGGAACUCGAGCACAAGUUCCGUGCCGAGAUGGCCCAGAAGGGAACGGGCCCUAUUGCUGGCAUGAUCGAUAUGUUCAAGGCCCCCAGAAUGGCCUACCGGAUUGCCCUCGGAAUCAUGUUGCAGAUGUUCCAGCAGCUGACUGGUGCCAACUACUUCUUCUACUACGGAACGACGAUCUUCAACUCGGUACAGAUCUCGUCUUUUGUGACGCAGCUUAUCCUCAACGGCAUCAACUUCGGAGUGACCUUCAUCGGCCUGUAUCUCGUCGAGCACUACGGCCGACGCAAGUGUCUGGUAGCAGGCUCCAUAUGGAUGUUCGUGUUCUUUAUGGUGUUUGCAUCUGUCGGCCAUUUCGUCCUCGAUGUCAACGAGCCGUCCAACACACCCGAGGCCGGUAUUGCCCUCAUCGUUAUGGCAUGUCUGUUCAUCCUGGGAUACGCGACAACAUGGGGACCCAUGGUAUGGACACUGAUCGCAGAGAUCUACCCGUCCAAGUACCGCGCCAAGGGAAUGGCCCUGGCGACGGCCAGCAACUGGACCUGGAACUUCCUCAUCGCCUUUUUCACACCUUUCAUCACCAAGGAGAUCGACUUUGCCCUGGGCUACGUGUUUGCGGGCUGUAAUUUAGUUGCUGGCAUUUUGGUGUAUUUCUUUGUGAUCGAGGGCCAGGGCCGCACCCUCGAGGAGAUCGAUACCAUGUACCUGGAGCGGGUGAACCCGAUCAAGUCGGCCAAGUGGAUCCCGCCAUCGGCCGAAGAGAUGGCCCGGAUCAGACGGGAGGCCGGCCUGGACGAAACGCCGAGCGACGUCGAGAAGGAGACGGCGAGCAGCGACGGUGGCGUUUCACCGACGGAACCAAAGGUCAGGGGAGAGCACGCCGAGAACGUGUAGAGCAGUCCGUCUCAUUAUUGUAUCAAGGAGCAACUUUGCAGCAACUUUGCAGCACAGACGGCGAGUGGAGGCUAGCUCAGGGAUUCUCCGGGACCUGGAUGGCCCCUGUCGGCGGCUCGACGGGCUGUUGCGCAAAGUAAAAGUUUAAUUGAGUUGUACAUUGUA